UUUUAAAAGCAUUAAUUAAAUAUCUUGUAGGAGGAUUGGAAGAUGGACAGGACCAGAUUGGAUUUAAGAUUUCAUCAUUCUGGAUCAAUACAAUCCGAGGAAUCUGCUUUGGAUUUGGAAAGAAAUUACUGCAAUCCUCCUUAUAUGCCUUUCUCUAGUCCAUCAUCACUUCAACCAUUUACCUCAGGUGCUCAGCAUUCUGAGAGCAAUGCUGCUUACUUCUCUUGGCCUACUUCAAGUAGAUUAAAUGAUGCUGCAGAAGAUAGGGCAAACUAUUUUGGAAACCUUCAGAAGGGAGUCCUACCAGAAACUCUUGGGCAGUUGCCAACUGGGCAGCAAGCUACCACUUUGCUUGAGCUGAUGACCAUCAGGGCAUUUCAUAGUAAAAUAUUGCGACGCUUUAGUCUCGGUACAGCUAUUGGUUUCCGGAUUCGGCGUGGUGUUUUGACAGAUAUACCAGCUAUUCUAGUUUUUGUUGCACGGAAAGUUCAUAGGCAGUGGCUCAGCCACGUACAGUGUCUACCUGCUGCCCUUGAAGGUCCUGGAGGCGUAUGGUGUGAUGUAGAUGUUGUAGAAUUCUCAUAUUUUGGUGCUCCUGCACCAACUCCUAAAGAACAAUUAUAUACUGAGCUUGUAGAUGGCUUGAGAGGAAGUGAUCCAUGCAUUGGUUCUGGUUCUCAGGUUGCUAGCCAAGAAACAUAUGGAACCUUGGGUGCCAUUGUAAAAAGCAGAACAGGAAACCGACAGGUUGGUUUCCUCACAAAUCGUCAUGUUGCAGUUGAUUUGGAUUACCCAAGCCAGAAGAUGUUUCAUCCCUUGCCCCCUAGCCUUGGACCUGGUGUCUAUCUGGGCGCAGUGGAGAGGGCAACAUCAUUUAUCACUGAUGACCUGUGGUAUGGCAUCUUUGCCGGAACAAACCCAGAAACAUUUGUCCGGGCAGAUGGAGCCUUCAUUCCAUUUGCAGAAGACUUCAACAUGAACAAUGUAACUACAUCUGUGAAAGGCAUUGGUGAAAUUGGUGAUGUCCAUAUUACAGACUUGCAGUCUCCAAUUUACAGUCUCAUUGGAAGGCAAGUGGUCAAAGUUGGAAGAAGUUCUGGCCUGACUACUGGGACCAUAAUGGCGUAUGCUUUGGAGUAUAAUGAUGAGAAAGGCAUUUGCUUCUUUACAGAUUUUCUUGUCGUUGGUGAAAACCAGCAGACUUUUGACCUUGAGGGUGAUAGUGGAAGUAAAACAGCUGCUGUGCAAGAUCAAAGAAAUGCUUCAGCUGCAGGAAUUGAUUCUACGGUUGGGGAAUCGUCUCCCCCUGAAAGGGUGCCAUCAAAAGACAAAACUGAAGAGAACUUUGAGCCUCUUAACCUAAAUGUCCAGCAAGUUGUUGUUGAAGAUGAUUCCAGGCAGGGAAUAACGCCACCAGUUUUGCCCUUUGUAAUUAAAUUAGAAAAUGGGGUUGAAACAACUACGAAUGUGGAGCAUCAGUUUAUUCCUAGCUUCACUAAUGGAUCUCUGGUCCAUCAUCAAAACAAGGGUCAAGAGAACCAGGAACCAAAAAGCCUCUCGAACUUCAGGAAUCGCUCUGAUGAAGGAAUCUACGUGUCUUUGCAGUUAGGCGAGCCUGAACCAAAGAAAAGAAAGCAGUUCUGAAGAACAAAAGUGAAAGGACUAACGGAAUACAUCUCAGAUGACUCAGAAGAAGCUACAUCAUUUGAGUUUCAAAUUUUACCCUGUAAGUAUCACGUUAUGAAAAGAAAUAAUCUUCAUGCAUUUGAUUUUAUGAAUAAUCAUAUUACUCAUUUUUCUGUAUUUUUGGCCUUUUAUGUUUCAAUUACCAUUACAAUGGGUAGAUUAGGCAUGUGAAGGGUACAUUUGUGUAGUGGAAAGGGAGAACCUUUAGGCAUUGGCUAUCCCAAAUAUUUUACUUCUCUGAAAUUUUAUUCCCAAUGUUCAAAUUGUUGUAUCAUAAGAUCAGGCGCCCCUUUGAAGGGUUGUAAUAACAACUAUUGAAUAGAGUUUUGUGUUAAUUGGAAUAACUCAAUGUUGUUCA